AUGGAGAAAUGGAAUCAAACUUCAAAUGAUUUCAUUUUGUUGGGGCUGUUUCCCCAAAAUCAAACUGGCCUCCUUCUCUUGUUUUUUAUCAUCUUCAUAUUCUUUCUCGCUUCGGUGGGUAACUCAGCCAUGAUUUACCUCAUAAGAUCAGAUCCCCGGCUUCACACACCUAUGUACUUCCUCCUCAGUCAGCUCUCCCUCAUGGACCUGAUGUACCUCUCCACUACAGUCCCCAAGAUGGUGUUCAAUUUUCUUUCUGGCCAGAAAGGCAUUUCCUACCUGGGAUGUGGUGUGCAAUCUUUCUUCUUCCUGACCAUGGCAUGUUCUGAAGGCUUACUUCUAGCCUCCAUGGCUUAUGAUCGUUAUGUGGCCAUCUGCCACCCCCUUCACUACUGCAUCCGUAUGAGUAAAAGGAUGUGUGUGAAGAUGAUUAUGGGAUCUUGGAUCUUGGGGUCUAUAAACUCCUUGGCACACACUGUCUAUGCUCUCCAUAUUCCUUACUGCCAAUCCAGGGCCAUCAAUCAUUUCUUCUGCGAUGUCCCAGCCAUGUUGCCUCUGGCCUGCAUGGACACCUGGGUCUAUGAAUACAUGGUUUUUGUGAGCACAAGCCUCUUUCUCCUCCUUCCUUUCCUUGGCAUCACAGCAUCCUAUGGCUGGGUUCUUUUUGCUGUCUACCAUAUGCGCUCAAAAGAUGGAAGAAAAAAGGCCUUCACUACCUGUUCAACACAUUUAACAGUGGUGACUUUUUACUAUGCACCUUUUGUCUACACCUAUCUUCGGCCCAGUAAUCUCCGCUCACCAGCAGAAGAUAAAAUUCUAGCAGUCUUCUAUACCAUCCUCACCCCCAUGCUCAAUCCCAUUAUCUACAGUCUGAGGAAUAAGGAAGUGCUAGGGGCCAUGAUGAGAGUGUUUGGGAUAUACUCUUCUAUAAAAUAA